AUGACUGACCACAAGACCUUGACAUCGCCCUCGCAGUCCAAGGAUGUUCAGAUUGAGUCACUUACAAGCCGCAAAAAUGCUCCUCGAUUCGAGAUUGACUUCACUGCAAAUAGUGAUGACAAUGUCCCUGACAAUCCCUUCGCCUUCGCGCCAGGCCACCUGCACAAACUGGCCGUUGCGCGGAGCGUUGCCGCGCUGCAGGCAUUCGGCGGGCUGACAGGGCUUGCCUACGGGCUGCGCACCGAUGCCGCGUCAGGACUGAGCUUGGACGAGGACAAGCUCGAAGGCCUCAUCUCGGCCCAGAGCGCCUGCAAGGAGAGCAGCAGCAGCAUCCUCACACCCGAUCCCAAACUCCAAGUGCAGCACGACACAUUGUCUCGACGCGGCCACAGCGAGGGACAUGGUAUUCACGGCCUCGCUGAGCAACUGCGUCUUGAACCGGCAGAGAACAAGGGAUACUCGGACCGGCGCCGCAUCUUUGGGGAGAACCGACUCCCGCCGCCGAGGCAGAGGUCGUUCUUGCAGCUCUGCUGGCUCGCUAUGAACGACAAGCUCAUUUUUCUCCUCAUGGCGUCUGCCACUGUAUCUCUUGCUCUCGGUAUCUACCAAGCUGUACAGAUACAGCAAAAAGGCGGCGCACCUGGUGCAAGCCUCGAAUGGGUUGAAAGUGUGACUAUUGUCGCAGCUAUCAUAGUAAUCAUCCUCGUGCAGGCACUAAAUGACUACCACAAGAACUAUAAGUUCCAGAAGCUCAAUCAGAAGAAGGAAGAGCGGACGGUCACGGUGAUGAGAUCGGGGAAGCAUGUGACGAUCAGCGUAUUCGAUCUGCUCGUUGGCGACUUACUCCGUGUCGAGGCCGGGGACGUGGCUCCUGUGGAUGGCAUACUGGUGGACGGAUUUGGUGUGCAAGUCGACGAGAGUCCUAUGACGGGCGAGUCAGACCUGGUCGACAAGACGCCAGCCGCAUCGAUCGACGAGGCAAACCGGAAACGUAGCACCAAGGACGUGGAUCCCUUCAUCUUCAGCGGCACACGCGUUGUCCACGGUGUCGGCGAUUAUAUUGCCCUGGCCGUGGGGCCGAACUCCACGCAUGGUCGAAUCCAGCUCUCCCUUCGAGGCGAUGUCGAAGAGACUCCAUUGCAGCAGAAGCUUGGUCGACUUGCCAAGUACCUUAUUUUUAUCGGAUUUGGCAUUGGUAUUAUCUUCUUCCUGAUCUUAUUCAUUCGCUGGCUCGUGCAGAUGAGCCGGGGCGAACUAUCUCAUCUUUCGCCACAGGAAAAGGGAGAAGAGUUUCUCGAUAUCUUCAUGCUGGCGGUGAACCUCGUGGUCAUCGGAGUGCCAGAAGGGCUAUCGCUUGCUGUCGCAGUGGCCCUUGCCUUCGCAACAACGAGGAUGCUGAAGGAUAAGAAUUUGGUGAGACUUCUUCGGUCAUGCGAAAUAAUGGGAAACGCCACGACGGUGUGCUCGGAUAAGACCGGAACACUAACAACGAAUGAUAUGACUAUUGUUGCGGGUGUUGUAGGGGAGUCUCGGUUUGUCGACGAUUUUGGCACGACCGCGACAGAGGCCGAAGAGUCAAAAGUUCUGAGUUCUGGGAAGCUGACCGAGGCACUAUCUAGAGAGGUCAAGCAACUACUCAAAGAUAGCGUUGUACUCAACUCUACAGCCUUCGAGAACGACGGUGCUGGGACAGGAGACUUCGUCGGCUCAAGCACAGAGACAGCUCUUCUCAAGUAUGGUCGCCAGCAUCUAGGUAUGGGGCCAGUAGCUGAGGAAAGGUCCAAUGCAAAUGUCGUUGAGUUGUUUCCCUUCAACUCCACGCUGAAGUGGAUGGCCAGCAUGGUCAAGUUGCACGACGGCAGGUAUCGCAUGCUUGCCAAAGGUGCCGCAGAGGUUGUCCUUGGAAACUGUUCGACCGCGCUGAAAGAUGCACGUGAAGGACUGGCGACUACAGACAUGACAUCUACAACACGCGAUCGGCUGACACAGUUGACGAGGGAAUAUGCGGGUGACCAACUUCGAGUGAUAGCACUCGCGUACCGAGACUUUGACACACCGCCGAUGAGCGACAAAGGAGGCCGUGCGGGCAAGACGGAGGCAGUGGACUUCGCCAAUCUUUUCAGCCAGAACAUGACGUUCUUGGGCCUCUUUGGCAUUCGUGACCCGCUCAGACCGGAGGUCAUUGAAUCAGUCCGCCAAUGCAAGGAUGCUGGCGUUUUUGUACGCAUGGUCACUGGCGACAACUUCCUUACCGCGAAAUCGAUAGCCUCCGAGAGCGGUAUUUACACAGCCGGUGGGAUUGCCAUGGAUGGACCGACGUUCAGACAGUUAAGCGACGAUCAACUGGACCUUGUAAUUCCCAGGCUACAAGUCCUAGCGAGAUCGAGCCCAGAGGAUAAGCAGGUCUUGGUACGACACUUGAAGCGCAUGGGUGAGACCUGUGCGGUCACUGGAGAUGGAACGAAUGAUGCCCCUGCACUUAAGGCGGCCGACGUCGGAUUCGCCAUGGGGGUUUCGGGUACAGAGAUUGCGAAGGAAGCAAGCUCAAUCAUACUGCUGGAUGACAACUUCCGAAGCAUUGUUCGAGCGCUUGCUUGGGGCAGGAUGGUCAACGAUGCCUCAAAAAAGUUUCUCCAGUUUCAACUGACUAUCAACAUCACUGCUGCUAUUCUGACCAUCGUGUCGACCCUCGUCGAUGGCCCAGAUUCGGGGAUUUUUGCAGUGAUUCAACUUCUUUGGCUGAAUCUAAUCAUGGACAUAUUCGCUUCACUAGCCUUAUCCACGGGAAAUCCGAGCAGGGAUGCAUUGCGAAGACGCCCCGAACCUCGAAAUGCGUCGAUCAUCUCAAUACAGAUGUGGAAGAUGAUCCUUGGGCAGACAAUUUACCAGCUCACUGUUAUCUUCGUGCUGCACUACGCCGGAGACAGGUUCUUCCCUGCUUCUACUGAAUACGAGCGAAACCAGCUCCAGACUUUUGUCUGGAACACGUACAUGUUCAUAUGCCUGUUCAACCAGUCCAAUUGCCGACGUGUAGAUAAUAACCUGCACAUCUAUGAGGGCGUUUUCCGUAACCCUUGGUUCCUCGGGGUUCAGGCCCUCACCCUCGCCGGUCAGGUCACCAUAGUACUCAAAGGUGGAGACGCCUUUCAAGUUGCACCCAUCUCUGCCUCUCAGUGGGGGUUCUCAAUCCUGUUCGGAUUUCUGGUCCUCCCUAUCGGAGCGCUGAUCAGGAAAACUCCUGACAAGGUUGUGGUUGUAAUAGCUCACAAGCUCUCACCCUUGUUAGCGCCGAUUCGGAGAUUGAGGAAGCGAAAGCAGGAGAAGAAGAGCUCGAAAGCCAGGGAUGCGGAGGAAGUGGAAAGAACGAGAGAACCAGGCGACGAGUACUACGACGAAAAGGACGAGGAGCGACGAGCAAGACGUAUGCAGUGGCGUUGGGUCAAGGCCGGACUUGCCGGCGAUCAGGAGUUCUUCGAAGACUUUCUGCAUCUGCAUCAUGAAGGCGAGCAGCGCACAGAAGCCUUCACCAAGAAGAGCAGAACCAGGCGUACGCAGACACUCAGCGCUAAAGCUGGCCUGGUGUCAGCUGGGUUGGCGGCUGCCGGAGUCGACGUAAAGCACCACCGACUUACUCCCAGGGCGGGCGCGUUCAAUGCGCCUCCGCCACCGGAAAGCCUGAACAAAAGUCUAGAGGUCGCUCCUGUCGAUAUUCACCAGGUUAUUAAUGCUGUGCGGCGGAACCCGGAAGACUGCCCAACUGGCUUGCAGAUUGAGGUGCACGUCGGGACUUCGCAAGAAGAUCCUGUGAUACCAGCAAGGGAGAUACUGAAUAGUAGUACACCACCGAGCCAGAACCCGAAAUUUAUGGGUUUUGUCGAAGACUCUCUACUCAGUUUGACCCCCAUAUUCAACAUGAUGUCUCCACUACAGCCCCUCCCUAGAUUCCCAAAGCCUGAUGAUAUCAUUCCGGCCAUGAACUCUGUUAUCGCCGAACAUGAUGACCUUCGCAAUCAUCUGGUCAAGACUGUUACUCUCGAGACCGCCAACUUUGACAAUGUGGUGCGUCCGCUGGCCGAGCUGGACAAUCUCAUCCAAGGGACCGUCAGCGCAAUUCACGUCCUGGAAGAAGUCACUGGAUCCAGUGAAGCCGUUCAAGCUGGAAAUCUUUGGAAGCAAGCUCAGAACGAAUGGAAAGCCAGAGGUGAUCUCUUCAAGCUCCUGGACGCCGUCAAUGGCAAAAACGAAGAUCUGGAACCCGAGUCGAAGCUCUGGCUGGAGAAGGAGCUGUUUGUGUACACGCUUGCGGGCCAUGGACGACUAAGCGAGGCCCAGAUCGAGGAAUUCAAGCAGAGCCAGACCAGGAUCGAUCAGCUCCUUUCGAGAUUCUCUCAGAGUUUACAGCAACAAAAAGGAGGUGUCUGGUAUGAAGAGAGUGAGCUGGCUGGUGUUCCUGAUGACAAGAUCGCAGGGUGGAGAGAAGCAACGACCGGUCAUAACAAUGUUUCGAACAACGAAAGGAAGAUCUUCGUGCCAUUUUCGAAUGGUGGAUGGAUGCAGGUCUUGAGAUUCGCCAAGAUUGAAGAGUCACGCAAGAGAAUGCUAAUCGCAUAUGAGAAAGGCCCAGAUGACAAUUCGGAAAUCAUCAGGGAGCUCCUUCUGCGGCGCGAUAGUCAAGCACGGCUCUUGGGCUUCUCGAGCCAUGCUGACAUGCGGUCGCUCACAACAGCCGUCAAAUCCACGGAUUGGGUCAAGACUUUCUUGAGCGAUCUGAAAGAAGGAAUCCUGCCCAAACAGACCGAGGCAAUCAGAAAGGUUCAGGGCGUGCUGGCCCGAGACCAGCAAGAGCAAGGUGUCCGUGUGGGAAGUGAGGGUGAAGGUUUUGCGGCUUGGAACUUUUCCUACUGCUCCCGUCUGAUCCAAGAAAGCAUGCAUGUUGACCCGGCAAAAGUGGCCGAGUACUUUCCCAUCGAGCACACCACUAAGUACAUGCUGAAUGCAUUUGCAUCUUUCCUCGGUCUUAAUUUCGUUCGGAUUCUUGACAAGGACAUUCCUCCGGAGUGUACCUGGCAUGAGAAUGUUGAGGUCUGGUCAGUCUGGGACCAUCGGCACAAUCCUGCCACACUCCUUGGUUAUCUUUACCUGGACUUGAUGUGGCGGGAGGAGAAGAGUCCUGGGUACUUCAACCACGAAAUUCAAUGUGGGUACGAGAAGACGGAUGGAACUCGGCAUUAUCCAUCCACGUUGCUAUGCUGCUCUUUUGAGGCCCCAAGCGAGGAUACUUGUUCCACUCUUGCGCACAGUGAUGUAGUUCUUUUGUUUCACGCAGAUGACUUCUGCGAAAUGCCAAGUGUCAUGCUGGAGAAUUGGUGCUGGCGAAAAGAUAUCCUCCGGGACAUGAGUCACCACUAUACAGCUGUGGGAGACAAACAUCUUAAAAAGUGGCGAGCUCAACAUCCCAAUAUGGAAACACCAGCGGUGAAGAUGCCCGAUGAACUCAUCCAAAGUCUCCUAGAUGCCCGAGGCUGGGUGAAACUAAAUCAGAUUACAGUACAAUUGACCAAUGCGCUCCUCGAUAUGGAAUUUCACGACCCCAGCUCCCACCAAGCACUCGUGGAAACGAACAUUGGCGACUUGCACAAUGCAAUCCGUUGUGAGAUUAGAGGACUCUCUAACCCUGGGCAUGAAAGCUAUCCUUAUCCAAAUUUUCAUAUCAUUGUCAGAGGGUACGAUGCGGUGAGCUACAGCUACUUGGCCGCCGAAGCAUACGCUCAGGAUGUUUACCAGACAAUGUUUGCAAAGGACCCAGCCGAUAAACAGGUAUGGGAUAAUUAUCGUCGAAGCAUUCUUGAGUGGGGCGGGGCAUAUAGCCAGGGAGAACUGAAGAUGCUGGAGAGCUUUCUUGGACGACCUGUCAACAUAAAAGGCUUGCUAGACAGCUUCUGA